AUGAACGUCGUUAACGGGUUGAAGAGGAUUCCUCGCAUCAAAUUCCCUCAACGUCAUUUGAAACCUUCAGAGGGAACGAAGCGGGUGGAGAAUGAAGCUGAUACGUUCUUCUUCGCGAACUUGAACAUGCCAAAGACUAUAGGAGGCAAGGCAUCACUUCAGCCAAAGCGUACGCCAAUCUCAAACGAAGAAAUGGAAGCCAUUUUGUUGGGAGGCUGCAUCUGA